GAGGAAAUAUACUUUAAAAUGACGGCUAAUGUUAAGGAAAGUUACGAUCACAUCAUAGUUAGAGGCAAUCCAUUUACUCGAGGCAGAAGUUAUGGACAGCAAACCAAAGAGAAAAUUAUCUCAAAUAUUAAUUUCUACAAGAAUUCUGGUGUUUUGCCCGAUUGGGACAAAGUGUGCAAAUAUAUCAACAAUCAUUACAUGAAUGCAUUGGAGAAGUAUUACCCGUCGGGUCUCAAUGAAAUGAAAGGCAUUGCAAUGGGAAGCGGCGUUGACAUCGAGGACAUUGUGUUGUUGAACUCAAGAUACGAGAUGUUAAGAUGGAGUCGACACUUGCAUAUAAAGAGUAAAGUAACGGAUCAAUUGCAAGAGUGUACGGGAGCUGUCUGUCUGUCAAAAGCUACCAAAUCAGGUGAAGUACUGAUCGGACAGAAUUGGGACAUAAAUGAGAGGAUACUAAACGAUGAAAUCGGAGUCUUAUUGGAAGUACAUCCGGACGCCACGGAAAAUAUCGCCCCAUUCUUCAUGCUUACUGAAGCCGGACAGUUGGGAAGGAGUGGUAUGAAUGCCAAUGGGUUAGGCAUUAUAGCAAUGGGUUUGUUAUCAAGUGAAGAUCAUUUCUCAGCCACGACAACAACCGGAUUCUUACCCAUCACUCUUUUGAUAAUGCAGUUUAUGCCUUAUUAUUAA